UUUUACGACAGCUCGAGGAUCGACGCGCCCAUCCCCGCGGCGCUCGGCAUGGACUUCAGCCCCGGGACCCUGCUGAUGCUGCUGCUCCAGCACUCGAGCGCGAGGUUCGUGAGGUGGGGGAGGAGCUGCUCGGAGCCGCAGUGUGCCGACCGCUCCAUCCUGGCGGGCUCGCAUUACUCCAACAACAUCGCCAGGGCGGCGGUGCGCGCGGUGCUGGGCUACGCGAUGGGCGAGGCCAGCGGUGUGCCGUGCCCCCUGGCCAGAGCCUGGUUCUACGACAUCAGCAUCCGCAUCAUGCGCAGCGAGUCCGGAGUGAAAAGGCAGCUCGUCGUGACCGCGAAGGCCCUGCAGGACGGGCUGGAGUCGCACGGGCUGAAGCUGGCAGACAGGUCGGUCAUUUUCAGCACGAGCUUCCGCACCGCUAGGCAGUUGCAGCUGGCGCUGAGGAGGCCGGGCGUCGAGGUGAAGGCGGUCGCAGAUGGCGGAGACUUUGGGGGCGACAGGGGCCCAGUUGCGUCGCUCAUGUACGGCGCCGUGACGCAUGGGCUGGCGCCGACGGCGAUGAAGGCGGCCAGAAGGAGGCGCGCGCAGGCGCUGAGAAGGGCCUGGCCAGGCAGGUGCCUGACGGGCUCCCUGGCGCUGGAGGGAGAAGGCCCAGCCAUCUCGAUCGCGAGGCGGCAGCUGCGGGCAUGGUUCAACCUCCGGGACAAGAGCGCGGACCAGAGGCCGCUGAUCAGGAAAGCCUGGGCGAAGGUCUACUUCAGGCUGCAGGCGCAGCCAGAG